CUCUCUCUUUCUGUGUGUGUGUAAUAGCUCAUCAGCUUCCCCUAGCCGACGCCGUCGAGACCGCCCCGUAAACUUUUUCUCCUUCACGCUAUCCCGUUGACAUCUUACUCUUUAUUCCCCGCUUCUCUUAUCUGUCUUUAAUAAAGUCAUCUUCAUUCAUUUCCUAACAUUUUAGUUAAUUAUUUUUUUCUAGCUUAUAUUAGUAACUUAACGUAUGUAUGUAAGUCCAUUUAUAUUAAACCUUAUGUAACUGCAUUUUAAAGCACCAAAAAAUCAUUGGAUAGCACCCAAAAAAAAAAAAAAAAAAAAAAAAAGAGUUUGUUGCAAUAAUAUUAUGCAUGUUUAUGCGUAGGAGUACGGUUUUUGAGCUGGUUGGCUGAUUGAUAUAGUAUUGCUUCAGGUGAGAAUAAGAGGCUAAGAUUAUAUGGGAUCUUCGAGCAAUGGCGGUGUGCCGCCGGGGUUUCGGUUUCACCCUACGGAUGAAGAGUUGUUACACUAUUACCUUAAGAAGAAAAUCAGCUUUCAAAAGUUUGAUAUGGAGGUUAUUCGUGAAGUUGAUUUGAACAAGAUGGAGCCUUGGGAACUUCAAGAGAGGUGUAGGAUAGGAUCAACUCCGCAAAAUGAAUGGUACUUCUUCAGCCAUAAGGAUAGAAAAUACCCAACAGGAUCAAGGACUAACCGAGCAACGAACGCCGGGUUUUGGAAGGCCACAGGGAGAGACAAAUGCAUCAGAAACAGCUUCAAGAAGAUUGGUAUGCGUAAAACUCUGGUUUUCUAUCGAGGACGAGCUCCUCAUGGUCAAAAAACUGAUUGGAUCAUGCAUGAAUAUCGCUUAGAAGAUACUGAUGAUCCUCAAGCUAAUGGUGAAGAUGGAUGGGUUAUAUGUAGAGUGUUCAAGAAGAAAAACUUGUUCAAGAUUGGAGAGGAACAAGGAGGAGGGACGACAACAAGCGCUACCUCCGAUCAGCUACUAUGCAACCCCACGGGAUCAAGUAGCGCGAACCAAUCGCGGCACUUCAUCCCUAGGGAUCACACCAAUAAUAAUCCUCAAUACCCUCAUCAUCUCCUCCUACGCAAUGAUCCUCAAGCAACCUCCACCUUUGACCUAUACAUGAAUAAACCCAACUUAGGGCUUCAUAGCUACUCCCACCCACACCAAAUUGCACCCCUACCUCCUCCUGACUACGCGACACAUCCCCACCAUCUCUACCAAGCAAGCUCAGCAUGUGAGGGUGGUGGUCCUACUGCCCUUGAGGUUGGACCAUGUGAACCUUCGGACCCUCAUCAUCCUGGGAUCAAUGAAUGGGCUAUGCUUGAUCGCGUCGUAGGCCACCAACAGGAUGAUCAUGGUGAGCAGCAGGCUAAUGCUAAUGACUUAACCUCUACUGUGCUUGAAAUGAAUCAACAACAUCAGCAGCAGCAACAACAACAACUUUCAUUACGUGGUGAAAUGGAUUUCUGGGGCUAUACCAAGUGAUUUUUGCAUUAAUUUAUUUGAUUUUUUUUUUUUUUUUUUUUGGGAUUUUAUUCAAUUAGAUUUGACAUGUAAUGUAAAAAAAAUUUAAUUUCCAUGCAUGAAUGCAUGCACAAAUUAAGUUUAAUUUGUUUGCAUAUAAUACUACAUACUACGUAUACUAUUACUAUUACUAUCAUUGUUUGUUGCAUGUACACUACAAUUGGUUCAUGUUGCAUUAUUAUUGAUUUGGAUAAUGUGUGUGCAUAAGCUUGAAUUCAAAUUGUGAUUGUUGAGAAUUACCCCUUAUUCAUUUACUUAACUGCCUGCUCUUUCCUUUCAUUUUUCUUCUUUUAAUCCCUUUAAUUUGUUUGCUUCAUCAAUUGUUCUUGCAUGUAUAUGUUGUCUCCCACGUUAUGUUUGUCGCAAAUGAUAAUCGCAAUCCAAUGGAGAGUGAUUACUACAAAAAUUUGUCUAAUAGUAUGUAAACAUCUCAAAUCAAUAACAUUCUAGGAAUUUUAACUUUCACGCAAUCCUAAUUUAGUUAUGUAUCUUUCGUAGCAAUAGUUAGAAACCUCAAUCAAUCAAAUCAAAGCCUUAAUCCCACAAGUGGGGUCGGCUACAUGAACCAAAAAUGAUUAUUCUAUAUAGUCAUCUACAAAAACCUUCCGACAGUUAGAAACCUCAUCUCUAAAAAGAGCUUGCUCUUGAUUUGGGAUCGGGUUUGGUUUAUUCUCUAGAUGUCAAGUUCUAUUGCUACAAUUCAAGCUCAUUAUGCAACAAUGUUUUCUAAAGCAGAGCAGUCACCCUGCCUCAAGGACAAGACAUCAUACACAUGGUGCCCGACAUCCUCAGCUGCUAGCUGAUGCGGCUUCUCUGCCCAUAUUAUACGGUGCAGAUAGUUUCAAUUGCACAAAAGACAGUAAAGCUUCUUGUUUUACUUACCUUGCCCAUCCUAGUGGCCACAAUUCCCUCAAGUAACCAACAAUAAGACUCUGAAGACUUGAUCAAGCUCCGAUUAUCAGCCUAUACAGUCUAAUAAAUGCAUGCAAGAACUUUUGGUGUUGUUCACUUAGCUUAUGCAGGACAUGCACACAUACCUGAAUUAAUACCUCAACGCGAUUCAGAAUAAAAUAAGAACAUCAACGACGAACAUUUGCUUCCUUCUGUGAAGCAAAAGUCAAGAAAAGCCGUCUCUUCAUGAGGACCUUAGACAUUGGCCUCAUACAGAUACCUUAUUUCCCCUGUUUCAGCAAGGGCCACUAGAUGUCAUUGUGUGUGUUUCGCAGCCAUUACUUACUUCAGCAUCCAACAAAAACUCAUGUAAUACUCAUGUCCCAAAUGUUCAGAUAUUUAUAAACUCUGCCUUGAUUAAUUAA